AUGCGAUUUAAUGCUCAAUUCUGGACAGAAAGUGAACGAAAUCAAAAUGUUCAACAAUGGAAUGAUCACAUCAGUUGGGCAUAUCAAGAAUGGGAUUAUUACAAUUUUUUUAAAGUGAUUAUUUUAUAUGAAUUUGAAAUUUUAGUAUUAAAUUCUUUAGAGUUUGAGAAUUACAUUUCAUGGGACUUUGCUGAAGCUGUACACCUUCUAUUUUCUUCACAACAAGAGAAAAAUUAUUUACUUAAAGAAUGUGAGGAUGUCGGAAAGGGAGCAAAUGCUGUUGUUUCAAUGUAA